AGUUCAAAACUCAGAAAAGAGACACCAACCUGAGCUUAGCAGGUGAAAACGGAAAUGGGGCGGUUGAGUUCCUUCAUCUUUUUACAUCUUUGAUCAUGAGAUCACGUUUCGGGUAAAGUUGCCUCCUUUCAUUUUGCUUAGUUUGGUUCAAAUCAAUCAACGAGUGCCUUUGUGUUUCAUUCUGAGCCUUGUUGUUAUUUUCUAAGAAAUUUUGAGCUGAUAGAUAGAGUAGGGUAGAAGAAAUGCGUGUUCAGACCGGCAAGAAGAAAAGGGUAGAAAAAAUGGGUUCGAUUGAUAGGAUCAGUGCAUUGCCUGAUGAACUAGUUCGUCACAUACUUAGCUGCAUGCCCACAUUAGAUUCUGUGAGGACCUCCGUUUUGUCUAAAAGAUGGAACAACUUGUGGACCUCGGUUCCCAAUCUGGACUUCUACGACCGAAGAGAUUUUCCUGCUGAUGAUGCUGAUAAUGAUGUUCGACUUCGUCGCCCUCGUUGUGAUCGUUUUGCAAGGUUUGUCAGCAGUGUGCUCUAUUCAAGGGACGCAAUAGACAUUGGCAAAUUCUCUCUGUCGGUUGGCACACCCCAUCAUUUACCUGUCAUUGAGGAUUGGAUUUGCGCCGUUGCUAGGCGCAAUGUUGUUGAAUUACAACUUGCAUUCCAUGUGCCUAGUAUUUUUUGGAUACCUCGGUGCAUAUUAAUGUGCAAGACACUGAGGGUUUUGGGGCUGUGCCUGUGGGACUUCGACUUUGCUAUUGAUCCUCCUACAUCAGGCUGUUUCCCAAGUCUGAAGGUCCUCCAUGUUAGAGUUUCUAGUGAUAAUCUAUAUUUAAUGGGGAAGCUGUUUUCUUACUGCCCUGUGCUUGAAGAUCUAACUAUUGACGGAAAAGUGAAAAAUGGAGACACUGAUAUAGGUUACAAUUUCAAUGUUUCUGUGCCUCAAGUGAAGACGCUGAACAUAAGUCUUGAAGUGGGGAUGGCGAGGUCAAGAAGAGGUCAUGAGUAUGAACAGUUUGAGACUCGUAUCAAUGUUUAUAUUGAUGCCCCAAAGCUUGAAAAACUUGAUCUCAAAAAGGAUGGUUUCACAAAUUAUGUUCUCAUGGGGAGAGCCAAGUCCCUAGUUAAUGCUAGUAUUGAUGUCAGAGAUUCUAGAGCAAAAAAUCCACCUCACUUUCCCUCAUGUGCAACUGCGCUUCUGGUUGGAAUUUCUAAUGUGAAAUAUCUGUCUCUUUUGGCUCCUUGGUCAAAGGAUUGGCGUCUCCCUGCUUUUGAUAAUUUGAAACAACUGAGGUUAGUUCUUGUGGAUUGCAAUUACUGGGAAGUGCUGCCUGAGUUUCUGCACUGUGCACCUAAUCUUGAAGAUUUGGUCUUAGAAAAUGUAACUGAAUGUGAAAGACAGUAUCCAAGGUGUGAAUGGGGUCUGCCAAAGGAUGUGCCUAUUUGCUUGUUGUCACACCUGAAGACUAUCUCCAUAAGUGGAUUCAAGGGACAGUGGGCUGAGAGGGAGAUAGCCAAGUAUCUCUUGAAGAAUGGUUCUUUUUUGGAUGAGAUGCUGAUUUACACAGACGGUGUGUAUGCGGUACGAGACUUUCACAAGGAGUUUUCAAUGUUCCAUAGGAUGGUUAAGUUCAUUCAGAUGUAAAUUUAGAUUUCAUGAGGAUUUCGUAAGUUCAUUCAGAUGUAAAUUUAGAUUUCAUGAGGAUUUCGGUUCAUCUCAUGGUUUUAGAAGAUUUGUAAUCAAACUUGCAGUCUCUUGGUGGAAGUUUUGGCAUAUGCUUGUUAGAGACUGGGGAAAACAUCCUCAAUUGCAGAAAAACAGUUCUGUUUGAAACUAUGUUAGUAGUGGUAGACACCCUGGUUUUUCAAUUUA